AUGGUUCUUCAGGCGAUCGGAUCAGUUCUUUUGGCUCAUGAAAAUUUUGCUUCGAACAGCACACCACUAAUGGAGAAGCUCAAAGCCCCUCGGUUCACAGGAAAUCAACCCGCCGUCCCUGUUUUAGUGGCACCCAGAAAAAACGUUUCACGUUUACAAAAACAACCCUAUAAGAAUUUCAAUUCAGUCCGCAGUCCUUUCCUUCCUCUUAUCCACUAUGCGCCGGCGACUACGCCCAUUCGGUCGUGCGCUGGCGCCCGAUCCCCGUCGCCGGCGACCACAAGCAACGACUGUUGCACCUCUCCGCGCGCCACCCCGAGGCGCCGCGCCGCCAUCCUCCGCAACCCCGACCUUCUCCUCGACCUCGCCUCUCCGUGCGAACAAACGGCGUCGCCGCCGGCGGCCACGACCACCGUGCUUGAACUGACGGGCGCCGACGGCACGGGGCUCAUCUUCGAGGUGUUCGCCAUGCUGGCCGACAUAUUCUCCGGCGGGGUCUCUCCAUGGCGACGGCGGCGCUGCACCUGUGAGAAAGACAGAGGUAAGGAAAGAUAUAAAGGAGGAGAGGUAGGGAGAAGGAGAGGGCGCGAGGAACGGCAGGGAGGUCCCGUCUCCCGCGUGGGGUGGGGGGGGGCGAGGUGCACGGCGGCUGCACUGCGUGCGGCCAGAGAGAGAGCCGGGAGGAAUAAGCGAAGGAAGAGGUGGCGGGAUCCUGCGGGGCUGGAUUGGAGCCCCGGUGGUGCUACUGCUGCCGUUGGACGCCGGCCGAAGGGACAAGUCCCUAGAGAAGGACGGGGUUCAAGUUGUUGGGCCGGUGGCAGGGGCAGCAUGAUGUUUUCGUCAGUUGUUUUCAGAUCUUCAAUAAGGAUCAUCAAGCCUCUGUUUUUUAUAUGAAGAAUAGAUAUUGUAAUUGUGCCUCCAUUACGUCUAAAAGUCAGGUAUCGGAAAACUGUCAUUGGCAUAUCUCUGUCAUGAUGGAAGAUUGGUUAGACAGAAAAAGGACCUCUGGUUAUGUAUGACAUGAUGCGAGGCACAUAUCUCUGAAUGAAGCGCAACAAGAAUUGACAUCCUCUAAUGCUAACUGUUGACCAUUCUUCUCUGAAGUAUCAG